AUGGAUAAGUCCAUCAUUGAUUCGGGCUCUUGCCGCAUCAGCCGUCGUGUUCCUUCCCUUCCUCCCCACCCUCAUGUCGCUCUAGUCCUCUCCCUCUCCUCGCUGUCCUCCCCCUCCUCAGCGAUGGACUUUACCCCCACCUCACCAUCCCCGACGGUCCGCUCGCGUCCACAUGGCCCCCGAGGGCCGAAGCUCAUGCCCAAGACCGUCCGAUACGACAUGAACAGUCGCUUGGAGGAACCCACUCCCGCGUAUUCCAGCCCACGCUCUUCGUCGUCCAGCCUGAGACCUGCCACUUCAUACCAGCUGGAUAUGAUGUCUACACCACCUUCGCCCCGGCCAGGAACGUCCAUGGAGGUAUCUCGUGCAUCUACGCCCUCAACUCCCGCAUUCAAAGUCAUUCCCAAGAGACCAACGCUACCCACACCGCCGCCUCUGAAAUUUGAUUCUGUUCCGGUCGCGUGGCGUGGCAUGACUCUGGAAGCUGCUCAGUGGAGUAUGACCUCUGAGCAGCUGCAGGAACUCGUUUCCGGUGCCAUCCGCAAGUCUGCAGAAGAGUCCUUUAUACGACUUGUACGUCGGGAAACCUUUGAAGGAGAGCUAGACGCAGAGUUGGACCGUCUGGAGUCGCUCAGGGCAACAACUCAAUCACAGUACCGGUUUAACAUGCACCGGCGGACAAUGCUUUUGCAGUCGCUGAACGCGCUGUCGUAUUCUGCCGUGUCUGAUGCGGGAGACGGGGAGGCGUUGUUCAACCUCACGACACAGCUCGCCGACGUUACUGUCUCCUGCGACAGACUGAUGGAGACUCUCUUGACGAUAUCCGACCAGCGGGGGCAAAUUCAGCGUUUGCAAGACGUCCACGUUGGCUCGGCGCUCUCAAUGGCGCUCCGAAAACUAAACGCCUCGUACGGUAAGCGGAAGGCAGAGUUACAGGAAGCACGAGACACGAUCGAGGAGCUCAAGGCACAGCUCGAAGAAGCGUGGGAUGUCGCAGAGGACAUGGCGCAGGAGAUGGAUUAUCUGGACAACUUCCAGCUCAGCGACGACGAAGACUAUACUUCGACGAGUGCCGUGGAUGCAAUGAGCGUGCACAUGGCUGAGGUGGUGGGAGUCACUGGCAGGGCUGUCGCCACGACAGCAACUCUGACGAAUCUACCGGGUGAGCUCGCACGGCAGGGCGACCGCGCAAGCCGGGUCUCGGCAGCGAAGACGAGAAGCAUGCUUGCCUCCAAGGCGAGCCUGAGAAUUCCAACCAGAAAGCCUUCGAAUGGUACUGACCUCGCAUCGAGGCAGUCUCUUCGACGGAGAUUCAGCAAGAGCUCACGAGGUUGUUCAGUAGAGGGGGGCGCUAUCCCGAAUGUACCGACAAUUCAGAUCGCUCUGGCAACGCCGCUUCCAGAGAGCUCGUUCUUAGACCUGGCAGACACCAGACCUACAACACCUGCGACGCCUGCCAACUCCACAUUGUCUGAUGUUCCUCCAGUACCUUCGAUGCCUGUAAUACCCGAUCUGCCUCGUCAGAACAUGGACUCGACCUUGCGGAGGGAUAGUAAUGGCUCUCUCAAAGCAAUCCAUGAUUCACCUAUCACUGCGCCAACACCAUCGCCGGGAUUCCGCACGUUCAUCCCACCCGACCGUAGUGGCGAACUUAGCCCUCGUGCGCCGGGGACGCGCAGCAGAGCCCAAUCUGUACAGAUCGCAUCAUCUGCAUCCACAGUUACUGUCUUGCGGAGAUCGCGAUCGGAGUACAGGAUACCCGAUGGCUGGUCGUUGCCGGACAACAUCAAGCCGAAAACAUAUUCGGUGCCGCUACGAGCUACUGAAGUUAAUGAGACAGUGCAUAUGCAGACUGUGUCGGCAUUCACUGUGAAUGUGGACAAGAGAUGA